UCAACAAGAGCGAACCAUAGGAACUACCGAACUAGCAAUCAGAUUUUUCGUCGGAGCAUCGGCGGAAUCUGCUUCUGAAGCUUUUCCUCCCGCCGGAGCGAGUCGUAACUCAGCGUCCGAGUUGAGCCACCAUGGGCCUGGUGGACAUGGAUUCCAUGGCUGCCUCGAUUGGCGUCUCCGUCCCAGUCCUCCGCUUCCUCCUCUGCUUCGUCGCGACGAUCCCCGUCUCGUUCAUGUGGCGACUCGUCCCGAGUCGACUCGGAAAGCACAUCUAUUCGGCUGCGUCGGGUGCUUUCCUCUCUUACCUCUCCUUCGGCUUCUCCUCGAACCUCCAUUUCCUCGUCCCGAUGAUGUUAGGAUACGCUUCCAUGGCGAUUUAUCGACCCAGGUGUGGCAUCAUCACGUUCUUUCUAGGGUUUGGUUACCUCAUUGGAUGUCAUGUCUAUUACAUGAGUGGGGAUGCUUGGAAAGAAGGAGGAAUCGACGCUACUGGAGCCUUGAUGGUGUUAGUGCUGAAAGUUAUUUCGUGUGCAAUAAAUUACAACGAUGGGAUGUUGGAGGAGGAAGGUUUGCGUGAGGCUCAGAAGAAAAACCGUUUGAUUCAGAUGCCUUCACUUAUUGAGUACUUUGGCUACUGCCUCUGCUGUGGCAGCCACUUUGCUGGCCCGGUUUAUGAAAUGAAAGACUAUCUUGAGUGGACCGAAGGAAAGGGGAUUUGGGCUACUGAGAAAGGAAAUGCACCGUCACCAUAUGGGGCCACACUCCGAGCUCUUUUACAAGCUGGGAUUUGCAUGGCUUUGUAUCUUUAUUUAGUGCCUUAUUUCCCGUUAACUCGGUUCACCGAACCCAUUUACCAAGAAUGGGGGUUCUGGAAAAGAUUGGGUUAUCAGUACAUGUCUGGCUUCACAGCUCGUUGGAAGUAUUAUUUCAUAUGGUCGGUUUCAGAGGCUUCUAUUAUCAUCUCUGGAUUGGGUUUCAGUGGUUGGAUCGAUUCUUCUCCGCCAAAGCCAAAGUGGGACCGUGCCAAAAAUGUUGACAUUAUAGGAGUUGAGCUUGCCAAGAGUGCGGUUCAGAUUCCCCUUGUGUGGAACAUACAAGUCAGCACUUGGCUCCGUCACUAUGUAUAUGAGAGGCUCGUAAAGAGAGGGAAGAAAGCAGGUUUCUUCCAGUUGCUAGCUACGCAAACUGUCAGUGCUGUCUGGCAUGGACUAUAUCCUGGUUAUAUCAUAUUCUUCGUUCAAUCAGCAUUGAUGAUCGCCGGUUCAAGGGUGAUUUACCGAUGGCAACAAGCCAUUAAUCCAAAGAUGGGUAUACCGAGGAAGGUGAUGGUGUUCGUGAACUUCCUCUACACUGUAUUGGUCCUCAACUACUCAUCCGUCGGCUUUAUGUUGCUGAGCUUGCACGAGACAGUCACUGCCUAUGGAAGUGUACAUUACGUAGGAACGAUCGUGCCGAUAGUCGUGAUCCUCCUUGGAUACGUCGUUCCAGCCAAACCGCCGAAGCCCAAAGCACGUACAGAGUGAGUAACGUGAAGAAUGGUGUGCUGUCGAUUCUUUACUCUCUCUCUCUUCUCUCCCGUUUCACUUCAGCGCUUCUCUUCUUCUUUAACUCUGAUUUUUAUGGACAUGUUUUGGGCUCCCACAGCUUCUAUAACUUAAGCUCUCUUCUUUCUCAGUUUUCUUUUUUUCAUGUUUGAUACGCAAAACUACGAACAUGCAUGCAUCUAUCCAUGCAUGCGUGUGUAUGCCGAGAAGAGAAACAACAGGAUAUUGAGGAGGCCACAGGAGUGAAAUCUGUGGAUCUUGAAUUUUCUAACUGUUA